AUGGCUUCUGGUGGUAGCGCGAGCGGAACGACGAGUAAGAACGAUGACUCGAAAUGGUACUUUACUGCCGAGCAGCUCGCAAGCUCGCCGAGCCGCAAGUGUGGCAUGGAUGCGGAUCAAGAGCUUAUGUACAGACAGCGUGCUGCCAACCUGAUACAGGAUAUGGGUCAGCGGUUACAAGUAUCUCAAUUAUGCAUCAACACGGCCAUUGUUUACAUGCAUCGGUUUUAUGCAUUUCAUUCGUUCACACAAUUCCACCGCAACAGCAUAGCUGCCGCCGCUCUAUUCCUAGCAGCAAAAGUCGAAGAACAACCACGCAAGCUGGAACACAUCAUCAAGGUCGUACACAUAUGUCUCGGGCUGGACGCACCUGAUCCGAUGCGGGAAAACUAUGCCGAACAGGCACAGGAUCUAGUGUUCAAUGAGAAUGUGCUGUUGCAAACGUUAGGGUUUGAUGUGGCCAUCGAUCAUCCCCAUACUCAUGUAGUGAAAACCUGUCACCUUGUGAAAGCUUCCAAAGAUUUGGCGCAGACAUCUUACUUCAUGGCAUCCAAUAGUUUACACCUUACAACCAUGUGCCUGCAGUACAAACCGACGGUCGUGGCCUGUUUUUGCAUUCAUCUCGCCUGCAAAUGGUCCCGAUGGGAGAUUCCGCAGUCGAACGAGGGUCGCCACUGGUUUCACUAUGUGGACAAGACGGUAACGCUCGAUCUGUUGAAGCAGCUGACGGACGAGUUUCUGCACAUUUUCGAUCGCUGUCCGACGAGAUUGAAAAGCAAAAUGAAAUCGAUACGGGCAGAUUCGGGAGCGGAGGAAUCCGGUCGACGAACAGGUGGUAGCAGUAGUAGCAGCAGUAGCCUAAUGGCUGCACCUUCCUCAUCAUCUGUACCGCGCGGUCUUGAUGAAAGCAGUUCGACCUCAUCGUCCGCCUCUAGUCAUCAUCGUCCUAAGCAGGGUUCCAGCUCCGAAAUGAUGAAACCGCACGGAAUGUCGUCUUCCGGGAGCCAUCAAAAGAUUCCUUCCUCAUCGUCGUCUGGUUCGGGAUCCCGUUCGCGUUCCGAGCGACCAUCCGCGGGUCUAUCGUCAUCCGCUAGUUUGGCGGGUCAGCAGCAACAGCAACAAGCACCGCCUCAGCAUUAUGGAAGCGGUGGAAGUAGUAGUAGUAGCAGCAAUAAUAGCAAAGGUCCACCAUCGAUACCAUCGCACCGAGGCAGCAUGUCGUCGUCUAUGUUGAUUAACCCUUCCAGUGCCGUGUCGUCUCAGCGAUCGAGCGCCGGUGGCUAUCAGGGACACGAGGGAAGUAAAUCCCGUCAACCGUCGUCUGUUUCCGGGCUGAUGCAGCAAGCAAGCGGUCCAGGUGCUGCAACAGGUGCUGGUGGAAGCUCGUCAUCCGGUUCUUCAUCGUCCAUGCAUUCCGGUUACAACCAGAUGAAGGCGGAACGGCACAGUAGCAGUGGGCAGAAACUAGCACCGAAACCGCAGUCAACUUCUUCAACGUCAGGCUCCGUAGCACCUAACUAUAACGCGAAACAUCAACAGCAAGCGUCUCAGCAGCAACCUUCAUCUCUCUUUUCUCAUCCGCCAAGCUACAACCAAUCGAUCAGUGGCCGUGCAUCGAAUCUUCCCCUAGCUGAGCAGCAAUCGUCAUCGAGUGCAGGCAGUAGUAGCAGUAAUCAGCCAAAAACGGAAUCAUCUUCCUUCCGAUUGCUUGACGAAUCGAUAGGACGCUUAACCGAUCCGAUGCAGAUGUGUACACCGCCAAAACAAAACAAACCAUCGUCAAUCUUCAGCCCUGACUGGAAAGAUUCGCAAAACGAAUCGUUGCAGAACUUACCGCCGAGUAAAUCACGAUCGAGUGGCCACUACGGUAAUGUAACGGCCGGUGCAACAUCCGAUCGAUUGCUAAAACCACCGAAGGGUAGUCCUAGCGGCAAAAAGCAACAGCUUCAACAGCAUCACGGUUCGACAAUGGGACCAUCGCGCUCUGAUGCACAGAAGAAAGAACGCCGUCUGGAUGCCUCUUCGGGGCUCAAUGUACAGCAACCAAUAGUUUCUAGCAAGCAUCAGCUAAUGGGACACGACAAAAAAUCGCUAAUGCCACCGGGGUCCUCCAGCGCUCUUCCGAUGGUCGGUGGCAAUAGUAACGUUAGUAACACUGGUAGCAAUAACGGUAGUAGCAGUAGUAAUAUUCACCCUAGCCACAAUUUAAAACGAUCACUAGACGGAUCGGGUUUACCUCCGAAUGUACUAGCCGCCAGCGAUGGUUCGUCGCUUGGCAAUCUUUCCGGUAAUGGAGCGCCUGGUGGUUCGAUGGGAGCAGCAAGUAGCGCCGCUAAUACCAGCACUAGCAGCAUGUCCUCGCAAGCGAAACGGCCGCAUCCGAGCAACGAACAGAUUCGGCAAGACGAUGGGACCGAUUUUCGAGAGCAGAAAGUACGUCGAACUGAACCAUCCAACUCAUCGUUUCUCUCUUCUGGAUCGCCUUCAGACCAGCUGUUUAACUCCUCCUUCGAUCUGGCCAGCACGUUCGACAAGAUGGACGAUUCCUCGUCGCUGUUCAACUUUAACGACAGCUCGCUGCUUUCGCAACCGCUGCUGAGUGACUCGAAACCGUCGACGCUGGCAAAAAGUGGUGGCAUUUUUAGCAACACAAUUAACGGCAUCGAGACGAACGCAGCGCUCGUUAGCAGUUUACUGAAGGAAAGUUUGUUCAGCGAGACGCCAAAAUUCGGCUCCCUUUACGGUACGAAUGAGGCACCGGCCGGUGGGGCACGGUCUGAUGUUACCGAUACAAAGCCAAUCGAUACGAGCGGCAGUGCACCGUUAGCUAUGGACACGAAACCACAAAUGACUGCGAUGGAUAAUUUGCACGGACUUCCGCCACAGUCCGCCGGUCAGCAACAGUUGCAGGUUGGUGGUGCGGGCGAUUCGGUACCAUCCGGUGUGGUUCCACCUUCCUAUCCAUGGGUAACUACAAAUGCUAACCUUGCGAGUGAUACUUCUGCCAGUGUUCCGCCGCCAGCGAACGUACAACCAGUACCGGGUGUUGCUGCCGUGAUUGAUCCUACUACACAACCCACACUAGGUACAACGGCCUCAACGGCUUCCGAUCCAGACACGGACCAGGGUGCAGGUAGUCAUAGGUCUAAAUCGGAAAAGAAAAAGAAGAAGGAAAAGCACAAGCACAAAGAAAAGGACAAGACGAAGGAUCGCGAUCGCGAGGAGAAGAAAAAGCACAAAAAAGACAAAGACAAGCAUCGGGAUCGUGAACAUCGGGAGAAAGGAGAUCACCAUUCGGGGUCAGGUGCGGGAUCGGAGAAUGUUUCCGGUGGUGGUGGUAGUAUCGGUAGUGGCCAUCCGUACGGUUCACAUUCGGCCCAGGAUCCACAGCCACCACCGGGCCCGAUUAAGAUCAAACUUAACCGUGCGAUCAUCCCGCCAGUGUUGGAUGGAGUUGGAUCACAUGCUUCCGGUUCGGGAGGUUCCGGCGGAUCUGGUACGGGAAAUGAUGGAUUAAAGAUAAAAAUUCCAAAGGACCGAUUGUCCGGUUCGUCCUCAUUACCUGGUGGUCCGGCAACAGGCGGCGCAUCGUCAUCAGCCGGAGGUUCCCAUGGUGCAUCGGGUCAUGGUGUUUCUGGCGCGGGUAGUUCUUCCAGUGCUGGUGUUGGUGGCGGAUCGGCGUCCUUAAAAUUGAAAAUUUCCAAGGAUAAAAUAGAACACUACAAUGUCAGCGCUACAAGCGAGGCAAUUGGAGGCGGUGGUCCACAUCUUAGUGGUGCGGUUGGUCCUGCUGGAGGAAAUGUGGGCAUGGGCGGACUAGGAGCAAUCAUGGGGAUGGGAGGUCCCAAUGCUAUCGGUAGUGGCAGUAGUAAUAGUAGUAGUAAAAAAAAGGAUCGUGAGAAAAGUAAAUCGAAGUCAUCUAGCUCAUCUUCGGAACACGGAAAUCGUCAAAAUGGUGGUGGUUUAGUGGCUCCCGGAAACAAUAGUAGCAAGUCAUCCAGCAAGAAUCUAUCAACUUUACCGCAGCAGCAAUCCCAACCGCAACAGCAGUACGGUAUCUACAAUGCAAACCAAUCCAUGACGGCUGUAACCGCCCCUAUGGCAGCCGCAGCCGGAAUACUACCAGGCCUGCACGGAUAUAAUCAUCAGGGUGGGUUCGACUACCAGCAAUCGGUUGCAUCACUCCAACAGCAACAGCAGCAACAGCAACAGUACUAUUCCCAAUAUGGUCAAUUCGGCCAACAGCAGCAGCAACAGUUUCAGCAGCAAAUGGCGGCUUCCGGUGCCAGUUCGAUGUUGAUGAACGCAUCCGGGGGUGGCGUUGGCGCAGGCAUGAUUGGUAAGAUUCCUGGACAAGCAGGCCCGGUGGGCAUGCAAUCGUCCUCACUGCCACCGUACUACUACGGUGGAGGAUCCGGUGCGGGAACGGCCACCAAUCAGGGCAGUGGUGGUGCUGGUAAAAAAUAA